AUGUGCAUACAAGGGCACUUCCCUCGAAGCGAAGAUGUCGCAGGCAAAACAGGAGAAGAUGGAAAGAUAUAUCAAUUGGGAGCUCCCAUCCACUUUGUAUACCAUCCUGACCUAAAGGCCAAGAGCCAAAAGCCGAUAGUACUACAACUUAUUCAGAUUGAGAAAAAGGCUCAAUUAUUCCUUUUCUCCGCAACCAUUGCUCGAACUGCAAGUUCGAAAGAAGUUCCAGGCACCACUGCAUUAAAUAUAUUGGUUGACAUAUGA